AACAAUGUAUAGAGAAUAAGGAAAAAGAAACGGAGAAAUAACUAAAUCCAUCUUCGAUCCCAACCAGAUGUAUGUAAGAUUUUCUACACAUUUUAUUUUUUGUCCCAAUGUUGGCUGGAUUGUCUGAUUUAACAUCUAACUCGAGACCAAGAAAAGCAAGCAACAGCGAGCACAAAUCAUAUCCAUAGAGAGACGGCGCACAAUCAGUGAAUGCUGUGAAUCUCAUAUCUUCCUGGAAUCCUCUUGCCGUAACAACAACAAAGAUCUGCUUUCACGUUGUUACUGAUCCUAGCCUACUCCGUUUGAAUACAUGUGAGUGCAGAAGAACUUCCAUCGCACUCAUAAAUCUUGUUGUCUUCUCAGGCUUUCGAGAUGCCGAUCUCAGGACUGUGUGAGAAGCAUAAACAAGAACUCGAGAAUAUGACACUAAUAGCACAACCUUUCAAAACAUUGAAGCUUUUUAUAGUGGUUGUUCUUCAGUAUAUAACAAGAUCACUGCAUGUUGAAGUGCUUCUUGAAUAUGCAAGGUUUGGACUGUGGUGGGUAGCUCUUGGUGUUACAUCUUCCAUUGGUCUUGAACUCAUAGGCGAGGUUUGGAAUAUUAGUUUUAGACAUAAUUAUAUUAUUUUAUCUGUUAACACAUGUUCAUCAUCUAAACCUGGUGCGUUUAAUACGAUAUUGUGUGGAGGGAUCCCUUUUUUUGGUGUAUGA